ACGGUUAAUGGCGAUCUCAUCUCGUAGACCAGUCGUUGGAACCAAAGCUGCAACCAUGAUCAAGACACUAGCUCUUCUUUGCCUCAUGGCACCAGCCUUCCUUGAUGCAGCCCGUCAGGUUGGCUUCAGAUAUAAGUUCGAACUCUCCAUAUUUGGAUUCGGAACUUCCAAUUUCAUCGACGGUCCACGCAGUAACAGCAGUGCCUUAUCCAAGGGCUGGGUGAACGUGGAGAGACCCUACAGUCCUGAGGGAUAUGAAGCCCUGCAGCUGUGGUGCCCCGCAGACGACUACGUGAUUUGUAUUCUUACUGACGAAACUGGAUACACUGCUGGUUUGCAGAUCUCGAUUCCGAGUGACAAAUUCACCCCAGCAUUGGAUAUGGCGGUACUUGGUUUCCAAAACUGGUCAGCUGACGUUAACGGAGAGACCAUCGAGUACUACACCAAGGCUCAGUACUUCGUGUCUGCUGAUGCUGCCACCCGUAUCGCUUAUGCAAACCCUGAUAAGGCACUAAUCAGGAAUGAUUACGUCGCGGUAGAAGGUUUCAAUGGUGAGCUGGUGCAAAUUGCCAAGUCUCUCAGCGACUUGGACAGCAUCUUCACUAAACAAGCCUGCAUCCCCUGGAUGGGUCUCCACUACUACUACGACAUGAGCAGUUCCCUUGAAUGCAGUGCAUCCACUAUUCUGACUUGGUUCCCCUUGUACGAAAGUGAUGAGCUUAUUGGUAUGGGUUUCCUGGUUCCUGGUACUUUAACAGUAGCUUCAGGAGAAGUGGACCACUUUGAACACCCGAAGAAAAGUGAUGUUGAGAUGAUCGUGAACUCUGGUCCUCAGUGCUUGUACGACAUCGUCGGCAACAGCGGUGUCGUCACCUUGCAUUCAUACUUCAUCGAAACUCCUCGUCAACUACUUUGUCUGUCGGCAACUAUAUAUAGGGUCAGUGGACAUCUCUGUUCAUCCACCAGUAGUGUCGCAGUCGUUGGUACCACAGCUACAGCCAUGAUCCGGACAGUUGCUCUUCUUUGCCUUCUGGCACCUGCCUUCAUUGAUGCUGCCCGAACUGUUGGCUUCAGAUAUAGGUUCGAUUUGAGUCUUCUUAAUUUUGGCACCAAAAACUUCAUAAACAGCCCACGCACCAAUACCUCUGCUGCUAGUCAAAAUUGGGUGAAUGUAGAGAGACCCUACAGUGCUGAGGGAUAUGAAGCCCUGCAGCUGUGGUGCCCUGCAGACGACUACGUGUUCUGUAUUCUUACUGACGAAACUGGUAACACUGCUGGUGUGCAGAUCUCGGUUGAAUAUGACCGAUUCCAACCAACUUACGAUAUGGACACACUCGGUUUCCAUACAUGGUCACCUGAAGUUAACGGAGAGACCAUCGAGUACUACACCAAGGCUCAAUACUUCGUGUCUGCUGAUGCUGCCACCCGUAUCGCUUACGCAAACCCUGAUAAGACGCUGAUCAGGAAUGAUUACGUCGCGGUAGAAGGUUUCAAUGGUGAGCUGGUGAAGAUUGCCACGUCUCUCAGCAACCUGGACAGCAUCUUCACUAAACAAGCCUGUAUCCUCUGGAUGGGUCGCCACUACUACUAUGACAUGAGCUCUUCCCUUGAAUGCGGUGCCUCCACCAUUUUGACAUGGUUCCCCUUGUACGAAGACAAUACGCUUAUCGGCAUGGGCUUCAUGUUGCCUGGUAUUUACACAUUGCCCAAAGGAAGCUUUGACCACUUUGAACAUCCAGACAAAAGUGCGGUUCAGCAAAUCGUGACCUCAGGCCCUCAGUGCUUGUAUGACACCGUGGGUGAAAAAGGUGUGCUCACCAUGCACGUCUACUACAUCGAAACUCCUCGUCAAAUAUUCUGUUGAUGCAAAAAAAACAAUCUAAAACAUAAAUGACAACAUGUUUGUAGCUGCUGUUAAAUCCACAAUUCUGUUAUGUUUAUAAAACAAAUUUUUAAUCAAUAAAUUUCUUAAUAUGCC